AUGGCGUCAAGUAGUGAAGAUGAAGUCGCGAUCGCUAGUGCCAUGUUUAUAGUUAUAACUGCAGGACUUAAAAAGAAAAACAAAAACAAAAAGCGUAGAUGGUGGACUACAACUUUGUUCAAAAAUCGAGAGAGAUAUGGUGAUUUUGAAUAUUUGUUUAAUUUGAUUGGUCCAAACAUAACCAAACAAGAUACUCACCUUAGAAUAUGUGUUUCUGCUAAGGAUAGAUUUGCUGUAACACUAAGGUUCUUAGCUAGUGGUGAUAGCUAUCAAAGCCUUAGCUAUCUAUUUAAAAUUUCACCACAGCUUAUUUCAACAAUUGUGGUUGAUGUAUGCAAUGCUUUGAAAAAUGGACUUUCGGAUCAAGUAAAGAUUCCUAGUAAUCCUGAAGAAUGGCGAAAAGUAUCAGAUUUGUUUGAAAAAAGAUGGAAUUUCCCCCACUUUGAGAGAAGAGGAAGGAGGUCAGGUAUAGAUGCAAAAUGUAUUCGACAAGAGUUUGGAGAAUAUUUUAUGAUAGAUGGGAGAGUUGGGUGGCAAGAUUCAUUCCAGUAA